GGCUCCCUCGGCUUCCAUCAGGCUCCCCGGCGUGGGACCGCAGGUCCGGUCCGCAAGGAGGACGCCGUUCGGUGGCCGGAGCCCCCAGGACGGCCCGGAGAGGCUGCUGAGGCUGGAGUGCCGGGUUUCCUCGCAUUCCGGACCUUACCUUCCGGCGUCUCCGCCGGGGGAGCAGCCCGUGGGUCACUGCCCGGCCCCGCGGAGGCCGCAGCGAGGGGGGGUGGGGCGCGAGCCCGCCUUCGGACCCCUGCGAGCCGGUCCGGCGAAAACUCCGCCCCCGGCACCCGCUCCCACUCCUGAUUGGCGGGGCCGGCCCGAAGGCCACCCGGCGGACCCGGCCCGCGUCUCAGCUAUAAAGGCUGCGGACGCAUGACGGCCGCGGCGAAGCUCGGGCAGUUGCGGUGCUCGCCCGCUCUCAGCCCCUGCGGCGCCCCCAUUACAACUUGCCCCCCAUCGCUCCUGACUCCACCAUGCCAAGGGGUUUCCUGGUAAAGCGAACUAAACGGACAGGCGGCUCAUACCGAGUGCGCCUAGCCGAGCGGCUCUUACCCCUGCUGGGGCCCCAGGGGGCGCCGCCCUUCUCGGAGAAAGCUUCCCGUGCUCCGCUGCCUGGUGCGGAGCGGGCGACCCCCCGCACUCUGGAGGAGGAGGCCCGCGAACCGUCGGGGUUGUCCUGUCGGGCUGCCGGGGUGAGCCCGGGGGCCGGCGGGCGGGAAGGCGCGGAGUGGAGGGCGGAUGGCAGGGAGGGAACUGGGCCCAGCCCCAGUCCCACCAAGCCUGCGGGAGCGGAGCUGCGCCGCGCGUUCCUAGAGCGCUGCCUCAGUUCGCCGGUCUCCGCCGAGUCCUUCCCCGGGGGCGUCACCGCCGCAGCCGCUUUCUCCGGCUCAGCAGCGCCAGCAGCCACAUCGACCUCGGGAGAACAGUUCCUGCCGCCUCUCCGGGCACCGUUCCCAGAGCCCGCGCUCCAUCCGGACACCGCGCCCCGCUUGGCCACCCUGCACGGCCUGAAGCGGGCGGCCGGCGGCGAGCGACGCGUCAAGGCACCUCAGUCCUGCGCGUCUGGACCCGCGGCCGCAGGAGUCAAGAAGCCAAAGGCCAUGAGGAAGUUGAGCUUCGCGGAUGAAGUGACCACGUCCCCUGUCCUGGGCCUGAAGAUCAAGGAGGAGGAGCCCGGAGUGCCAUCCCGAGGUCUAGGAGGAAGCCGCACACCCCUGGGGGAGUUCAUCUGCCAGCUGUGCAAGGAGCAGUACGCGGACCCCUUCGCCUUGGCUCAGCACCGCUGCUCCCGCAUCGUGCGCGUCGAGUACCGCUGCCCCGAGUGUGACAAGGUCUUCAGCUGCCCUGCAAACCUCGCCUCCCAUCGCCGCUGGCACAAGCCGCGUCCCGCAGCGGCAGGAAGCGCCACAGUCUCCUCCGCCGAUGGGAAGCCGCCUCCGUCGUCAUCCUCAUCUUCCCCGGACUCGGGGGCUACUGCGUCUUUUCUGGCCAAGGGGAAGGAGAACAGCCGUGAAGAGCGAGCUGCAGAUCAGCACCCUCAGGCCAGGGACAGCUCCGGGGCGGCCCAGCACCGGGACAGCGCCUCAUCCCACGGCCUCCAGGGGUUGUCGCACCCCGAGCCACCGCUGCCUCAGGUCCCCUACACCGAGGGGGUGUUGGGGCACCGCGUGCUGGGGCCGGGCAGUGCUAGUGGUGUCAUGAGCCCCGAGAUCUUCGUGUGCCCAUAUUGUCACAAAAAGUUCCGUCGCCAAGCCUAUCUGCGCAAGCACCUGGGCACUCACGAGGCGGGCUCGGCCCACGUGCUUGCCCCGGGCUUGGGCUCGGAGCGCGGCACCGCUCUCGCCUUCGCUUGCCCGCUGUGCGGGGCGCACUUCCCGUCCGCAGACAUCAGGGACAAGCACAGGCUGUGGCACGCGGUCCGCGAGGAGCUGCUCCUGCCGGCUCUGGCCGUGGCGCCGCCUGAGGCGCCGAGCCCGGGUGGGGCAACGGACAGGAGUGCUCAGCAAAUUUUCUCGUGCAAGCACUGCCCGUCCACCUUUUUUAGCUCCCCGGGGCUGACCCGGCACAUAAGUAAGUGCCACCCCUCGGAAAGUCGGCAGGUCCUGCUACUGCAGAUGCCAUUGCGGCCUGGCUGCUGAGGGGGAAGGAGGAUUGCAAGGUCUGUGUUGAAGGAAACAUCAUGGGAAUUUCCGUGGAGCUUGGGAGUUUAGCCUCUUUCCUUCGUUUUCCCCCCCAAACCCCAGUAAUCAGUGUUCCGCCAGAGAAGCGGACAGCGAAAUGUAAAAUCUCUAUCUAGAGCAGGUAUGUAUAUGGUAUAAACGCUCAGUCAAGAACUGUCACUUUAAAUCCUCUUUCCCCACAAAAAUAGGAUUUACCCCCCCCCACCCAAAUUUUGGAGACCCUAACGAAUCCAAUAUGAUUUGUAAUUCCUAUGGAAAGUCGCAGUGAAUGCGUGCAUGUCUCAAUGUCUACAAAGGAUUCUAGCUACCAAGAGUGGUAGUCAUUUUUUUUUUCUCUUGCCAUUGCAGGCGCCUAUGUAGUUUCUGUCUCAACAGGGUCAGAUAUUUUGCAUUGUAUAUUCUGUGAAUUAAGUUAUGUGAUCGGUGCCAAACUUACAGGAGGGUGGGGGAAGAUUCAAGACCUGUGUCUGUGGGCAGGAAAUGUUAAAGGAUGUUUUGCGCUUGACGGGUAUGUGGAGACCUCCCUGUAAACUUUUUCUCAAUUAUUAGUCCAUUCUUAAGUGUUUGGAGGGGGCGGGGGUGCUACUUUACUGGAAGGAGUUGAGACACCCCUUAAAACCUCACCUUUAGUUAUUUUGUGCACAAUAUUCAGGAAGAGAUACUUCAAACCUUUCUUUAAAUAGCAAUUCGAAAAUGCAGAACUCAUUUCCUUAGGUUUGACUCCUUUAGUAAGGUUUCAUCCAAAUUGUUCAAUGCUUUUCUGUUAAAAUCUCAUACUGUGUAUUAUAAAUGCAACCAUGUUCAGCUUAAGGGAGAUGUUAAUACCUAUAAUUCAUUAUGGAACUGAACGGCAGUUAAUAUCCAGUAUUUUCUCUUCAGCCUGUUUUGAAUUUUUUUGUAAACCAUAUCCAUGUACAUUCUGUACCCAUGGCCUAAUAGAGUUUGGGACACUGGCUGAUUAUUGCUUGACAGAUAGCCCGUAUUUGUAAGAUGCUUACCACCAAAUAAAUGUACAUAGCUGGUGCUUUGUUGUAUUCUGUGUUUGUCUUAAGAAUCCUGUUGAACACAGCCUGUUUUUCAAAGUCACAUUUCUUAUCUCCCCAAAGCCAGUAUCCUACUUUAGAAUGUUGGUGACCUAUUUAGACAAAAUACAGACAGGAGAAAUUAUAUUUUGUAAAUGAAUGUAAUGGUGCAGAAAUGCAAUGGAAAAAUUUCCUUUGAAGUAUGGCUGCACAGACUGAGCUCCAAAAGUUAAAGAAUAUACACUAUUCUUUUAAUCUAAAGACAUUUUACUCCCCAGUAUGUCAAAAUAUAUUUAUUUUUUAAAGCUAGUAAAUAGUAUUAUCUGAAGAUGGAAAAAACCAUGUUAACUGUACUAAUUCAUUUUUCAAAUUGGCACUGUCACUCCAUUUUGUUACACAUCACCUAUCCAUUAGCUGUUACUUUUUAAAAAAUGAAAGCACUACAGAAAUGUGUAGGUAGUUACUUUGAUUUUCCUCUUUGUGAUUCUUCCAACUUCAUGUUGGAAACUGUAUUUAAUCUUGUCCAUUCCACAUGGUCUCUCUUUAUCCAUUUACCUCCUACAAAAGCUUUCAUAGAAAUUUAAUUUUUUAUAUAGUUGCAUAGUUAUCUUUUACUUAAGAAGAAACCAGAAACCUAAGUGCAUAGGAACUCUGAAGGGUUGUUUUAGAAACUGUAUAAAGUUUUGCUCCUGAAUGUACAUUAUAAAACAAAGUAAAAUUUAAGAAAUCAAAGAAGCAUGAAGCCGAGAUAAAUUGAUGCUUUAACCAAGUGCACUGGGUGAAGUUUAUAGCUAGUCCUAUGAAGGUGUAAAAUUUCCUGCAUUUUUUUAAUGACUGGUAGGAUCUUUGAGAAAUAAGGGUAUAUUCUAAGAAGGGAAUU